CAGGCCGCAGAAGCUGCGGCUGCGCACAAAGCUUGCGGGGGGUGGGGGGAGGAACAUGGCGCAAGCUCUGUCUGAAGAGGAGUUUCAACGGAUGCAGACACAGCUCCUGGAACUCCGGACAAAUAACUACCAGCUUUCAGAUGAACUCCGGAAGAAUGGUGUUGAACUUUCCAGUCUUCGACAGAAGGUCGCCUACCUGGAUAAGGAAUUCAGUAAAGCUCAAAAGGCACUAAGCAAGAGCAAGAAAGCUCAGGAAGUGGAGGUACUGCUGAGUGAAAAAGAGAUGCUGCAGGCAAAGCUGCACAGCCAGGAGGAGGACUUCCGUUUGCAGAACAGUACACUUAUGGCCGAGUUCAGCAAGCUCUGCAGCCAGCUGGAGCAGCUGGAGCUGGAGAACCGACAACUCAAGGAAGGGGUUCCUGGAGCAGCUGGACCACAUGUGGACGGGGAGCUGCUGAGGCUGCAGGCAGAGAACACAGCCUUGCAGAAGAACAUGGCAGCACUGCAGGAGCGCUAUGGGAAAGAGGCUGUGAGGCCCUCCGCUGUCAGUGAGGGCCAAGGAGAUCCACCAGGAGAUGUACUCCCCAUUUCCUUGUCUCCCAUGCCAUUGGCAGAAGUGGAGCUGAAGUGGGAAAUGGAGAGAGAAGAAAAAAAGUUGCUUUGGGAACAGCUACAAGGCUUAGAGAGCUCAAAGCAAGCUGAAACCUCCAGACUCCAGGAGGAACUUGCUAAGCUCUCUGAGAAAUUGAAAAAGAAACAGGAAAGUUUUUGCCGUCUACAGACAGAGAAGGAAACACUGUUUAAUGAUAGCAGGAACAAAAUUGAAGAAUUGCAACAACGGAAGGAAGCUGAUCUGAAAGCCCAGUUGGCUCGCACCCAAAAACUACAGCAGGAACUUGAGGCUGCCAAUCAGAGCUUGGCAGAGCUAAGAGAUCAGCGGCAGGGGGAGCGUCUGGAGCAUGCAGCAGCACUGCGGGCCCUACAAGAUCAGGUGUCCAGCCAGAGUGCAGAUGCGCAGGAACAAGUGGAAGGGCUAUUGGCUGAGAACAAUGCCUUGAGGACUAGCUUGGCCGCUCUGGAGCAGAUCCAGACAGCAAAGACACAGGAACUGAAUAUGCUUCGGGAACAGAACACUGAACUGGCAGCCGAGUUAAAGCAUCGACAGGCUGACUAUGAAGAGCUUAUGGGACAGAAAGACGACCUCAACUCCCAGCUCCAGGAGUCGUUAAGGGCCAAUAGCCGGCUGCUGGAACAACUACAAGAAAUGGGGCAGGAGAAGGAGCAGCUGAUCCAGGAUCUCCAGGAAGCUCGGAAGAGUGCUGAGAAAAGGAAGGUCAUGCUGGAUGAGCUAGCCAUGGAGACACUGCAGGAGAAGUCCCAGCACAAAGAAGAAUUGGGGGCUGUCCGGUUACGGCAUGAGAAGGAGAUGCUGGGGGUGCGAGCCCGUUAUGAGCGGGAGCUUCGAGAACUGCAUGAGGACAAGAAACGGCAGGAGGAGGAGCUCCGGGGGCAGAUUCGUGAGGAGAAGGCUCGAACAAGGGAAUUAGAAAAUCUUCAGCACACAGUGGAAGAACUUCAGGCUCAGGUACACUCCAUGGAUGGAGCCAAGGGCUGGUUUGAACGGCGCCUGAAGGAAGCUGAGGAAUCCUUACUGCAGCAAGAGCAGGAACAGGAGGAAACCCUCAAGCAGUGCCGGGAGCAGCACGCUGCCGAGCUGAAGGGCAAGGAGGAAGAGCUUCAGAAUGUUCGAGAUCAGCUCCAGCAGGCCCAGGAAGAGCGAGAUGGCCAUGUGAAGACCAUCAGCAACCUGAAGCAGGAGGUAAAGGACACAGUGGACGGGCAGCGGAUCCUGGAAAAGAAAGGCAGUGCUGUGCUCAAAGACCUUAAGAGGCAGCUGCACCUAGAGCGGAAGCGGGCUGAUAAGCUGCAGGAACGGCUGCAGGAGAUCCUGACUAACAGCAAGAGCCGCACAGGCCUUGAGGAGCUGGUUCUCUCUGAGAUGAACUCACCAAGCAGGACCCAGACAGGGGACAGCAGUAGCGUCUCCUCCUUCAGCUACCGGGAGAUCUUGAAGGAAAAGGAGAGUUCAGCCAUCCCAGCCAGGUCUCUAUCCAGCAGUCCUCAGGCGCAGCCCCCUCGGCCAGCAGAGCUGUCAGAUGAGGAAGUGGCUGAGCUGUUUCAGAGGCUGGCCGAGACACAGCAGGAGAAAUGGAUGCUGGAGGAGAAGGUGAAACACCUGGAGGUGAGCAGCGCCUCGAUGGCGGAAGACCUCUGUCGGAAAAGUGCCAUCAUUGAGACCUACGUCAUGGACAGCCGGAUUGAUGUGUCUGUGGCAGCAGGCCACACAGACCGAAGUGGGCUGGGCAGUGUCCUGAGAGACCUAGUGAAGCCCGGCGAUGAGAACCUUCGGGAAAUGAACAAGAAGCUGCAGAACAUGUUGGAGGAGCAACUCACCAAGAACAUGCACUUGCACAAGGCGAGUGUGGACCACCAGACUGCCCAUCCAUCCCUCCAACCACUUGCCCACACCGUCCCUGGCAGUGUCCUUCCAACUGGCCCUUGCCCCCCGCCCCAACUACCACCUUCCAGUCCUGCACCACCCUUUUGUGUUCACCUUUUCUACCCUCCAAUCAACUUCCCUGGUUAGCCUAUCAGUCUGCCAUCUGUCUUCCGCCCACUCGUGGAUACAUUUGCUGCCCGUUUCCCCAUGUACCUGCUCUACCAACUCUCUGUCAAACUCUCAUCUCCAAGGCUGCCAUUCACUUCCCAAUGCAUUGGUCUUUCAUGAAUUCAUCAAUCUGCCUUUUACCCCACCUACUUGUCACCUGCCUACCUACCUGCCUUCUUGUCCUCUCCGAAGUUCAUUUGUGAACCGAUCUGCCUGCCAUACAUCCACCCACACAUUAACUCCCCCUACCCCGCCCAACUGCUCCUUCAUCACUGAGGGGGUCAUAGCCAGGUCUUGCCGUGAAGAAGCAAGCUCGAAUUUGUUAUAAAGAGAAGGUGGUGGAUCUUCUGCCCAAGGCCGGAUACCACUGUCAGUCUAUCUGACUACAGAUAACACCUCAUAUUUGCCAACAGAGCUGUCCCUUUGUUCCCCUCCUCUAGCUCCUGAUGGCUCGUUUGUUUCUUAGGACAUGGAAGUUCUAUCCCAAGAAAUUGUGCGGCUCAGCAAGGAAUGCGUGGGGUCCCCUGACCCAGACCUAGAACCUGGAGAAGCCAACUAAAGAUCUACAGGCCUCGACUAUCCCAGUCCUUUCCAGAAUGCCACUCACUCCCUUGGGCUGCGGUGGGAAAAUAUGGAGGCUGGCACCAAAUCUCAUAGUUUGGGAGAUGGACAUUAAAGGGGCUAGAGGCCUGUAUGUGGCUGGUGUUGAUGACCCUGAUGUAUGGCAGAGGCCCUUGGGGAAAAGAGAUCCUAAGGGAAGGGCAGGGAGUUUUCCUUUUCGGCUCUGGUUCCCAGGGUCAUCUGCCUUCAACUGUGCAUGAACUCUCCCUCCCAGAGACCAACUGUGUUUCAUUUUAUUUUAUUUUUUAAUUUAUGUCUGGAAGCCUGGCUAAACUCUGCAUUUGGGACUGGGGGUGUUGGGUGGGGGUGCAGUCCAUGUUCAAUGUUCCAGCAACGUGUGUAUGUGUGUGAGUGUGUGUGUAAAGGCUAUGUGGCCAAAAUACUAUCUGGCCAGAUGGGCCCACCCAC